UUUGAUUCCAACUACAUAGUUAAUUGAAAGAUCAAGUUAAUCCUCCAAUAAUUACUGUCUAUUCUUGGCUUUUUGUUUAACAAUUUAAUUGUGAUUAAGUUAUUAUGGCCCCUGUACUAAGUCGUGAUCCACCCGAUAUUGAGAGUUUACUACAAUUAAAUCCCCGAUCGCGACAACAUGCCAACGUUAUUCCAAGUAUUGAAACGAAAGCAAAUAAAAAACACUGGAAACGAAACGAAGAUAAAAGUUGUUCGACCUGUGGAGAUUUGGAAAACAAUUUCGAUGAUAUUAAACACACGACAUUGAGUGAACGAGGUGCUCUUAAAGAGGCCACAAGAUGCCUGAAGUGCGCUGAUGCUCCGUGUCAAAAAAGUUGUCCAACCAACAUAGACAUUAAAUCAUUUAUCACGAUGAUUAGUAACAAGAACUAUUAUGGAGCUGCUAAGGCCAUUUUUUCGGAUAAUCCGUUAGGAUUAACUUGUGGUAUGAUUUGUCCGACAAGUGACCUUUGUGUAGGCGGAUGUAAUCUGUAUGCAACUGAAGAGGGUCCGAUUAAUAUUGGAGGAUUGCAGCAAUUUGCAACGGAGAUUUUCAAAAUGAUGUCGGUUCCGCAGAUUCGACCUCCGUCUACAGUUAAAACUUAUCCAUUCAAUGUUCACUCUCCUGAAUCUUAUUUAACUAAAAUUGGAUUAAUUGGUUGUGGACCAGCGUCAAUAUCUUGUGCCACUUUUCUGGCCCGUUUAGGUUAUACCGAUUUAACUAUUUUCGAGGCGAAACCUUAUUUUGGAGGCUUAUCCAGUUCCGAGAUUCCUCAGUAUCGUUUACCCGUGGAUGCGGUUAAUUUUGAGAUUAACCUGUUGACACAAUUAGGCGUCAAAAUUAAGACCAACUCGGCGCUUGGUAAAGAUUUUACUUGUUCAUCAUUGAGAAAUGAUGAAGGUUACAAAGCGAUUUUCAUUGGUAUCGGUUUACCUCAAUCUAAAUCUUUGGGCAUUUUCAAAGGAUUAGAUUCAUCGUCCGGUUAUUUUACAUCGAAACAAUUUUUACCUUCCGUGUCGGAGGCAUCGAAACCUGGCCUGUGUCCAUGUAAACAGCAGCAACUUGCAGCCCAACUUCCUGAUUUUCGUGGACGACUGGUACUUGUCCUUGGUGCUGGUGAUACUGCUUUCGAUUGUGCUACAUCGGCACUUCGGUGUGGUGCUCGAAGAGUGACCGUCGUUUUCCGAAGAGGAUUUACCAAUAUUAAGGCUGUACCAGAAGAGAUGGAAUUAGCUCGUCAAGAGAAAUGCGAAUUUAUCCCUUUCUGUUCACCCAAACAAGUCGUUCUUCGAGCUGAUGGCAAUACGAUUGAAGGUAUGAUCUUUGCCCGAACAGAAGUUGAUCCAGUUUCUCGUCGAUUGAUCGAAGAUGAAGACCAACGGAUUAAAAUUAAAGCUGAUAUCAUAAUCUCUGCAUUUGGUUCAACCCUGGAUUCUGACGAGAUUAAAUCGGCCCUUGAACCUGUACAACUAAAUGACCAAGGAUUACCAGAGGUCGAUAAAAAAACAAUGGAAACAAAUGUGGACUGGAUAUUUGCAGGCGGUGACAUCGCCGGAGUGGCUGAGACAACAGUUGAAGCCGUUAACGAUGGUAAAACGGCCGCUUGGUCGAUUCACAAAUAUAUUCAAUCUCUAUUCAAUGAUGUUGUGCCGUCGAUUCCUAAAUUACCCAAAUUUUACACUCCAAUCGAUACCGUUGACAUAAGCGUUGAAGUUGCUGGUCUACAUUUCAAAAACCCAUUCGGCCUCGCAUCGGCUCCUCCAACCACUUCGGGUCCGAUGAUUAGAAGAGCUUUCGAAGCAGGUUGGGGAUUUGCACUCACGAAAACUUUUAGUUUGGACAAAAAUUUAGUGACCAAUGUUUCACCUCGAAUUAUUCGUGGAACAACAUUCGGACCCUCAUUUGGUCCAAAUUUGGGCUCUUUUUUGAACAUUGAGUUGAUUAGCGAGAAAACUUGUGCAUAUUGGUUACAGGUAAUCAGAGAAAUUAAGAAUGAUUUCCCUGAUCACAUUUUGAUUGCUUCGAUCAUGUGUUCAUUUGAUGAGAAUGAUUGGAAAACUAUAGCUAAACUCUCUCAAGAUGCGGGAGCUGAUGCUUUGGAAUUGAAUUUAUCGUGUCCUCAUGGAAUGGGUGAAAGAGGAAUGGGCUUAGCUUGUGGUCAAGAUCCACAAUUGGUCAAAUCAAUUUGUUCUUGGGUUAGAGAAACAGUUUCAAUCCCUUUCUUUGCUAAGUUAACUCCAAAUGUGACAGAUAUUUGCACCAUUGCCAAAGCUGCUCAUGAGGGCAAGGCCGAUGGCGUGACCGCUGUUAAUACAGUCUCUGGACUAAUGGGGCUUAAUGAUAAAGGUGAACCUUGGCCUGGUGUUGGAAUCCAGAAGCGGACAACUUAUGGUGGUGUCAGUGGAUCUGCAAUUAAACCAAUAGCUUUGAGGGGAGUCUCUGCUAUCGCCAAAGCUUUACCAGGAUAUCCAAUUCUUGCCACCGGUGGGAUUGAUUCAGCUGAAGCUGGGUUACAAUUUAUCAUGGCCGGUGCAUCGUUACUUCAAGUCUGUUCAGCUGUUCAGAAUCAAGACUUUACUUUAAUCGAUGAUUAUAUUGAUGGACUCAGAGCUUGUCUCUACAUAAAAGCUCAUCCAGAACUUUACCAUGAUUGGAAUUUUCAAUCACCACCAACACCUAAGCAUCAGAAAGGUAAACCAGUUGGAACCAUUGGUCAAGGAUUACCGAAUUUCGGUGAAUUUGCUGAGAAGAAAAAAAAUAUGAUCGGAGAUUCGAGACGAAAAUCUUUCAAUCAACAACAAAUCGAAACAAACAUGAAUCAAAGUGAUCUAAAUUCGACUAAAAGUGAACAACAAAUCAAAUCAAUUCCAAGAAUAAAGGAAAUCGUUGCUGAAGCUGUACCAAGAAUCGGAGCCUUUGGUGAACUGGACACUAAACAACAAGUAGUUGCUUUAAUUGAUGAGGAUAUGUGCAUCAACUGUGGUAAAUGUUACAUGACUUGUAACGACUCUGGUUAUCAAGCGAUAAGUUUUGACCCGAUAACCCACAUACCCAAAGUAACAGAUGAUUGUACUGGUUGUACUUUAUGCUAUUCGGUUUGUCCAAUUAUCGAUUGUAUUUCAAUGGUUCCAUCGAACAAACCAAAUAAACCCAAAAGAGGUAUCGAACCAGAAUAUGAACCAUCGAUCGCACCUAAAAGUCCGCUUCCAAUUCAAUGAAACUAAACUGAGAUAAUAUGUAUUUCGAACAUGAAAAAAUACUUUGUAACUCAAUCAAUGAAAUAGAGAAAACGAAUAAAUAAUUAAGACAAAAUGA